ACAGGAAAAGAAUUUCUUAGGACAGUAUACUUCUCAAUCAUUAAAGGAAUGGGAUGACAUUUUAAGAUCUUAUGAAAGAAAGAAUCUUCAUUUAGCUGAGGGAGCACAAGUCAUGAGUCGUUUGGUUAAUUAUGAAGUUGCAUCACUAAAGAGACAAAUAGCACGCUACCAGCAGCAACAAAAAGAGUCAACACGUAAAGCUAAUGACAGUCAGACCAAUGCUCGUUCCUUGAAGAUCAAGUUUGAGGAGCAGUGCCAAGAAUUUGGGAUUGAGGGUAAAGAUGUACACAGUGAACUCACUCAAGUUUUAUCAACUCAGCUACCUGUUCUGUUCACUCAAGUUGAAUCUCUUGUAGUUCACGUGCAAUCAGCUCUUGAGUAUUAUCAGACAUUCAGAGAGUCCACUGUCUCAAGUGAGUCCCAAGUGUUGAGUUUGUUAUCAUUCUUUAUUAAAAAUGGCAAUGUCACUGUUUAUGAAUGGAAGAAUGGAAUCCCUCCUCCUUUAUCUACUGAUCCUAAUGUCAAGACUGAGCCAGAGUCUUCUCCUUCUGAUAACAAUGGAGAGUUAGAGAUAGACUGGGGGGACCUGGGAGGGAUAGGAGAAGGAGGAGAGCCUAGUGGGGACAUUGAUUUCGGUGAUGGUGACAUUGAUUAUGACAUAUCAUUGGAACAAGUUGAUCUAACUGGUAUCACUAUUGAAGAUGGAGGCAACUCGUUAGGUACAGUCUCACAGUAUCCAACUGUACUUGAGGAUUUUAAUACACGUAACAUGCUGCUGGAUGAUUUAAUGGAGUUAUUUGAAUUCACUAAGCAAAGGAUCAACGAAACAGUAGGAAGAGGAGAAGGAGGAGGAGGAGGAGGUUUCGUCCUUCAGGUGGACCUCCCCUCGUCAGUUCAAGGCUAUUCUAGUAAAGAUAUUGAGGAAAUGUCAUGUAACGUGUCAUCAGUAAUUGAUUCACUGACCAACAAGAAAUCACAACAACUCUUACUGAUGCUAGGGUCACAAAGUUAUCUGGAUAGACUUUCCUCUCAAUUGAUACGUCAGCAAGAGCUAAGUCGGAGAGCCAGUUCAUUAGUGAGUGAGUAUACAUACAAGAUAAAGGAGGCAAGUGAACUCCAGACAGAGUGUGAAGGAUCUCUGUCACUCUUAGUAGCAGAUGUUAAGAAAAUAAAGAUUAUGGUUUCAAAAGAAAUAUCAAAGAAGUAUAAUGAUAGGAUUGUUAAUAUCACUGGCGAUAUAAAUCAGCUAUUUUGAAUACUUUUUGUAGUCUCUGUUUUAUAAAUCUUUCUCAAUUAUAAUUAAAUUAAAGAGAUAAUGGCUGUCUCCUUGCU